GUUGUAGUUCUUGGGGGGCUCUGCUGGGGACGCCGGGAAGGGCCAGUUACUGCAGGGGCCAGGAGCGCCAGUUGGGCUUGGUCGAGGCAGCUGAAACUAUGUCCCGCGUGUCGGUGCCCUGCCAUGUGAAAGGCACCGUGGCCCUGCAGGUGGGCGACGUGCGAACCUCCCAAGGCCGGCCUGGUGUGCUGGUCAUCGAUGUCACCUUCCCCAGCGUCGCGCCCUUCGAGUUACAGGAGAUCAUGUUUAAGAAUUACUACACAGCCUUUCUGAGCAUCCGUGUUCGCCAGCACACCUCAACGCACACCCCACCCAAAUGGGUGACCUGCCUGCGGGACUACUGCCUCAUGCCUGACCCACACAGUGAGGAGGGAGCCCAGGAGUAUAUAUCGUUGUUUAAGCACCAGAUGCUGUGUGACAUGGCCAGAGUACUGGAGCUGCGCCUGAUUCUUCGACAGCCAUCACCACUGUGGGUGUCUUUCACAGUGGAAGAACUGCAGAUUUACCAGCAGGGACCAAAGAGCCCCUCCAUGACCUUCCCCAAGUGGCUCUCCCACCCAGUGCCUUGUGAGCAGCCUGCUCCCCUCAUUGAGGGUCUCCCAGACCCCAGCAGGGUAUCCUCCGAGGUGCAGCAGAUGUGGGCGCUGACAGAGAUGAUCCGGGCCAGUCACACCUCCACAAGGAUCGGCCGCUUUGAUGUGGAUGGCUGUUACGACCUGAACUUGCUCUCCUACACUUGAACCAUGGCUGUUAGCCAAGACGUUGGCCUUCCGUGCCCACCCAGACCCGGUUUGGGCCACCAGAGGCUGGAGUGUUUUCCCUGUGCAUUCCGAGUGUUGCCUGCAUGUCCACUGGGUCUGGGCCAUGUUCACAGAUUCAAGAUUCCUGGGGGCUCACUGUGUUGCUUCAGCAUGAGCUCUCGGCAGGGGUGUACUCUGUCCUCAUCUGACUGCAACCCGAAACUCCUUUUACUACCCUAAAAACACUUCAGUUCUACUUACUAAGAUUCCCCUUGUGUCCUCUGCUCCUCCGGCCAACAUGCACACUCCAGUCUCCUGCCUGCUGCUUCACCCUGAGUGCACUGGGUUGGGGUGAUCUACUAAGCGUGUUCUCACUAUUGCUGGAAGGCUGCUACAGCCUUUACACCCACUUACUUUGGAAACGAGAUCAAAAACAGGAGCCCAUUUCUUCUUUCUGCGCCUCUGCGCCCUCUAGUGGUCUUCUUUCCCUUUGUGUUAUGCCCCUAAGAAGAAAUUUCUGGUCUUCACUCCUGCCCGCCUAGGGAGCAAAGCUGGAGAUUUGGGCAGCCUGAACCCCUUGGUCUCUGAGCUGGCUCCUUGGUAUGUGUCCAGAUGGGUCUGCCUAGCCAAGCUGGGCAGAUGCCUCUGGCAAGGCCGAAGUCUGAGAAGGAGUUCUGCGACCUUUGUGCCCAAAGUACAUCCUUGUCCAUUCUCCCACCUACCCCCUUCCAGGAAUCAUUCUCUAGGAUAAAAGAGAGGUGUGGGUCCAGGUGAGCGCUGUCCCUGGUGUCUUUUAAGAGGCUGAGGUCUGCUACAACCCCAUGCUUGCUGCUGAAUAAGGCAGGCUGCCCUUACGAGAAAAACUUCCUUUUCCAUUUUUUCCUGUCUUUGCCCCCAGGGGCUAUGAUGCAGCAGUGCUGUUACUUGUGCUAGACCUGGAGAGUUGGACAUUUGUGUGGCUCAACAGCUUUCUGGAGGAAGAUCAGAUCCCUUCCGGUGGCCACUCUCUGCUCUUACCAGAAUUCUUUUUUUUUUUUUUUUUAAGAUUUUAUUUAUUUAUUCGACAGAGAGAGAUCACAAGUAGGCAGAGAGAGAGGAGGAAGCAGGCUCCCUGCUGAGCAGAGAGCCCGAUGCGGGACUCGAUCCCAGGACCCUGAGAUCAUGACCUGAGCUGAAGGCAGCGGCUUAACCCACUGAGCCACCCAGGCGCCCUCUUACCAGAAUUCUUGCAGGUGUUGCCUGCAGGGUCAUUUACUUAGCCCUGUUCAGUUUUUGCUAAGAGGGUAAUGACCACAAUCCUGUGCUCAGGGAGUAGCAGCCCUCAGAGAGAGUGCAUGUGUGAGACUGAGAGAGAGAGAGAGAGAGAGAGUGCGUGUGUCUCAGAGAGUGGGGGGGGAGGUUCCUGGGGAUAUAGUGUGUAAGAAUGUGGGGAGGUCCCUGGGGUUGGUGGCAGGGACUGCACUCCACUGAUACCCAGCACAGGCCCUAAUGUGCAGCAAGAUCAAUAAAUACUUGUGGAAUGCGUGA